AUGGAAACCGUAAGAAGAUCAUGGAAAUUACAAGAAUUUGUAGCCCACAAGGCAAACGUCAACUGUUUGGCCAUGGGACACAAAUCAAAUCAAGUUUUGGCUACUGGAGGUGAUGAUAAAAAAGUUAACUUGUGGGCGAUAGGCAGACAAAGCUGUUUGAUGAGUUUAAGUGGGCAUACAACACCUGUAGAAUGUGUUUGCUUUGGACAUUCUGAAGACUUAGUAUGUGCUGGUUCUCAAACAGGUGCAUUAAAAAUUUGGGACUUGGAAGCAGCAAAACUUUUAAGAACAUUUACUGGACAUAAGGGUGCAAUAAAAUGUAUGGAUUUUCACCCUUAUGGUGAUUACUUAACUACAGGCUCUUGCGAUAGUAAUAUAAAAUUGUGGGAUACAAGAAAGAGAGGAUGUAUUGUUACAUAUUCCAGUCACCAAGUUGCUGUAAACAGCUUGCAAUUCAGUCCAGAUGGGCAAUGGAUUGCUUCAGCAUGUGAAGAUGGAUUGGUUAAAGUAUGGGAUGUGAGAGUGGGCAAAGUUUUACAAGAGUUUAUGGAGCACACAUCUGCAGUAACAUGUGUUAAAUUCCAUCCACAUGAGUUCCUUCUCGCCAGCUGUGGUGCAGAUAGAACUGUAAACUUUUGGGAUAUGGAGAAAUUCCAACUAGUCUCUAAAUUUGAAAAAGACAAUACUUCAAUAAGGCAUAUGGCAUUUAGUAAUGAUGGAACUACAUUGUUAGGGUGCGGGAAUGACGGUCUACAUGUAAUCGGUUGGGAGCCAGCAAGAGUUCUUGAUACAGUUCCUGGGCAUUGGGGACAGAUACAUGACAUCACAAUAGCACAAACACAACUUAUUGCAGGAUCUUUUCACUCAACAUAUGUUGUACUAUCGGUUGUUGACCUGAAUAAAGUACAUCCAUUUGGAGGUCCACCUCCAGUUGUACCAACUGUAGUUCGGGAUUUAUCACCUUUCCAAAAAGGUCACUCAGUGAGGAAGAGUUUUUCAAAAGAGAAACCAUCAAAAGAAGUGUUACACCAGAGAACCAUUUUAGAUGAAAAAACUGCUGAAGAAUCGACUUCGGGAACUGAGGCAGAUGAGGAUUCAGGUGCAGUUAUAGCUAAUAUUAAUGACUACACUGAAAUUUUUCGACCAUCUAGAUCAUUGACGCGUACACCACCACCAGCUACCAGUUUAUCAUCUGAAGAUUAUUCUAUUUCAACUCAAGAUUCAACAAAUAAGUUGGAAACUGGCAUGAGCUCAUCUUUGCGCGACUUAAUGUUGGAGGAGCCAGUGCCCCUGACGCGACCGACACCGCAGCCGUCGCCGCCGCAACGACAGCGGUCCGAAAAUUAUUCGCGGAUACCGACUUCCACAAAGGACCAUUACACAAUCAUAGAAAAAAAGACUGAUGUCAUCUCAAGGGUGAUGGAUAACGCUAAAGAAGAUAACACGUUCGCCGCAGCACAACCUUGUGCCAUACGGGAUUAUACUGUUAGUCCUCUCUCAGCAAACACGCUUAACCGUCAUAAUUCAUACAAGGAAACAAAAUCCACUACAGAAUUUACUCACAAUAAUCUACGACAAAGCAAUAGUGAAAUAUCUUUAGGACCUCCUUCAUUGGGUCCUAGAUCCUUGUCAUUUACCAGAACAACUGAAACAAGACGAAGAGUGGAGAAUGUUGUAAGGGACACAAUACCAGUGCCACGGAACGUCGAACCAGCAGACCGGGAACCGGAACCAGAGUUUGUACCGUUUGCAACUGAUCGACCUGUCGGACUUGAUCUAGAUGAAUUCGUACCAAGAGGGGUGGGCGCGGGCGGUGCGAGGCGGGGAAUACGGGGCGGCGGCGCCGAACCCAGCGAGCAGGAGGUACUGGGCGUCAUGAUGCGCGGCCACGACUCCAUGAUGGCCGUGCUCACCGCGCGACAGCGGGCGUUACAGAUUUUCCAUUCAGUUCGAAUUAACAAAAGCUUAAAAUCAGCACUGGAAUCGAUUAUAGCACUUGAAGAUACAUCUGUCAUAUUAGAUAUUCUUAAUGUAAUGGCUCAUAAACCGUCUCUAUGGAAUUUAGAUAUUUGUUUAUUGAUGUUGCCCAAAAUUUACGAGUUGUUGCAAAGCAAAUACGAAUCUUACAUGCAGUGCGGUUGCAACGCACUGCGACUGAUAGUGCGCAACUUCUCCGCCGUGGUGCGCAGCAACGUGUGCGCGCCAGUGCGUACUCUAGGAGUCGACAUUCCGCGCGAGGAGCGCUACGCUAAAUGCGCGCAGAUCCACCGCGUGCUGGUGGAGGUGCGUGCCUUCCUGCUCAAGCGGCAGACGCUGCAGGGUCGACUCGGGGCCGCUUUCCGCGACCUGCACACGCUCAUGCAGCAGGGGCUCGACUGA